AUGCCUGCAACAGAAUCUAUGAAUCCAUCGAGUUCAAUUGGUGCAAACUUUAAAGACUUAGUCGAUCUUGAAGCUGUAGUGAUAAACUGGGCCAAACAAAUAUUUGAUGUUACAAAAACCAAAACGGAAGCCAAAAUUAAGAAAAAACACCUACAGUACAAUAUUAAUUGGUAUCAUUUGUUCAAUGAAUCACUGGAGACAGUAUAUACGAUAGGUGGUGUGGAUGCAAAAAAUGUAAAACAAUCAAAAGAGGAGCAGUGUUUAUUCAAAUCAACUUUUACUAACACAACCGAACGCGAGCAAGAAUAUUCAUUCAAGACACAACGCUCGACUCGAAGUACUGCUACAGUGAUCAUUGAGAAAGGGCUAAGUCGUGGAAUCGAAAUGGCUUUAAAGCUUAAAGUACCGAGUGAGAUUUUAGAAGCAAAUGCAGGCUUUCACAGUGAAUUAUCCAUCAUAAAUGUUGGAGAAAAUACCAUUGAAGAAGAACUUGUAUGGUCUGUUGAUGGUACAGUCCAUGUACCACCACUCUGUGAGACCAUUGCCGAACUGGUUAUUUUAGAAGAUCACCAAACAAGGUCCUCUUUUUCAACUGAAAGCCGUAUGUUCGGGCGAAUCAUCGUUACAGUGACCCAUGUGAAUGACAACAACAGUCUAGUGACAGUAAUUGAGGGCAAAAUUGCAGACAUAAUUCGCAGUUUACCUAAUCAUUCCGCAAUGGGUUUCAGGAUAGAGAGUGAUGUUGUCUCAUACGUAACGAAAGGAACAUGCAAAUUCAAGUACGGAGUAGAACAGAAAGUGAAAAUAACGGAACAUCGUAUUAAAUGA